CUGAAAUAAUUGAAUAAGAAGAAGAAAUCUAAAGAAAAGAGAAGCACGCAAAAAUUGUAGAACUUAAAAAAUCGAUUAAGAAAAUUCUGCUAUUCUUUCCGAAUAUUAAUUUUAGUUGAUAGUAAUAAAGAAAUUAUAUAAAAAAUAAACACAUAUCCUGAAAGAUUAUAUAAAGAGUUAAAUUUAAUGCAAAUUACUCUGUAGCAGUAAGGUGACGGCAAAUAAUUGGCCGGAAAAAAGUAGAAAGAAAGCAAAAAAAAACAAGAAAAAAUGUCGAGUGCUGGUACCGGAACAGGAGCUGGCGUUGGUGCCGCUUUCGGUGAUAGCGAAAGCCGUCAUGCUAGUUUUGAGCAACGCAGCCCGGAACGCUCAUCUGGCGGUGGAGGUUCCGCGGCUAAGAAGAAAUUGGGAACUGAAAUAGGCAAGGCUGCCGCCGAGAAAUCGCGAGGUCUUUUCUCAGCUGAAGAUUGGCAAUGUAGCAAAUGUGCCAACGUAAACUGGGCUCGUCGACAAACUUGCAAUAUGUGUAAUGCACCUAAGUUUAGCGAUGUAGAAGAGCGAACUGGUUAUGGCGGUGGCUAUAAUGAUCGUGGUGUAGUCGAAUAUAAAGACCGCUCUGAUUCCGACAGUGAUUAUGACGAAUAUGGACGCUUGAAAAAGCGAAAAAUGAAGGAUAAUGAAAAAUCUAAUGACGAUGUAAAGGAAUAUGACGAUACUGACGAAGAUGCUAUCGAAGAAGAGGAAGACGAAGAGGACGAUGGCGGUGAUCUUUCGAAAUAUGAUCUGUGGGGUGACGAUGAAAUAACACCAGUUACCCUAGUAACACCAGGAGGAGGAGAACAAAAACCUAAAUCAAGCACAAAAACAUUAGAGCAACGAAAAUCUCGUUCUCGUAGUCGCUCACGCUCUCGUUCACAUUCGCGUUCACUGUCGCGGACUCACAGCGGUUCAAGAUCCCAAUCGAGAUCUUCUACAUCUUCCAGCUCAAGUUCUUCAUCAUCAUCUUAUACUUCAAGUACCCGUUCAGGUUCCAGUUCUGGCGGUUCACGUUCGGGCAGCCGAUCAGGAAAAUCACGUCAACGCAGUACGUCCAAGGAUCGGAAGACUACACAGUCAAACAGCCUUAAAUCAGCACCAUCCACACGUAAGCGUUCACGAGAACGUUCCAAGACUCAUUCACAAACAUCACGAACCUCUUCACAUAUUUCCGGAAAAACCGGACGUAAUAUAUCUAAGUCAAGCUCACGGUCACGAUCAUCUUCUCGUUCAUCAGUUACAUCAGCAAAGCGUAAAAGGCGUACCUCCCAGUCAACAACGCUUUCCAAACAAAGACGUGGUCGCAAUCGUUCACGAUCUCAUAGCAGCUCGAGAAAUCGUCACUGAGCGCAUAAUAAUAUACACUAUUGACAACUAAUAAGCAAAAAAUUGAAUUCUAUUGCGUCUUCUAUCACAAUCUAUCUUGAUUAAAAUGUUUAUCCCUAGUGGAUAACGCCUAUGCUGGGAAUAUAAAAAGCAGUUGUGUAUUGAAAAAUAUAUAGACGUUACUAAACAAUAUUUUUAUCUUCACAAUUUAGAUUUUGCACAUAGAUAUUGUUUAUCUUUUUGUUCAUACAUACUAGCCUGAAGUGGUUUUUUUCCUAAAUAUUUUGGUAUUUUAAGAACAAUAAAAUAUGCAUUAUAACUUAUAUUAGUACUUUAAUGAGCGUAGCGCAUUUCAGUCCAGCUACUUCAAUUAUUUAUGACUUGUUUAUGUAAAAUUAAGAAAAUUUCACAUAGCUUUUCAGCUUUAAUGUAAUGUAUUAGUUUACAACUACUUAAAUAAUAUAUGCAGAAAAGCUUCGUAUGAAGCAAAUUGAAAAUGAUAAAAUCUUAUCCAUGAUAUGUAAUAAAUACCUUAAUUUAAAA